CGGAGCGCGUUCGAGGCGGAAGCGACUAAGACUGGCCUACCAAGAUUUCUACUGACGGCUGCAGUACCAAUAGGCAAACCAGUAGUCCAAGCCGGUUACGAAAUUGAAAAGAUAUCAAAUGAUCUGGAUUUUAUCAACCUAAUGACAUAUGACCUGCACGGGUCCUGGGACCACACCCUCGGCCACAACAGUCCGCUCUACCCCCGAAAGUCCGAGUCGUGGGCGAUGGCGGAACUGAACCAGGACUGGGGAGUGACGUACUGGUUGUCCAAUGGUGCCCCUCCAGAGAAGUUAAUGCUUGGCAUCGCUACAUAUGGAAGGACUUUCAAGACAAUCAAUGGAACAGAAAUGGGUGAUAAGGCGAUGGGGCCUGGACGUCCGGGAAAAUUUACCUCCGAGGCGGGGUUCCUUGCCUACUUUGAGGUAGCUAUGCGUGCUGUGCGAG